CACGAGGUGGGAGGAAGAGCUCGUGCAUCAUUUUCUGUAUUUUGAUUGACGGCGUUACCUAACCUUUGCUACCUAGCAAAAAAAAAAAACCCAAAACAAUAAUAAAAAUAACGCUAGACCUACCAAUUUUCUCUAAAACUUCACAAAUAUUACUUUUAAUUAUUUCUCAUAAUUUCUGGUGGCAUUUUAAAAUGAACUGGGUAGGAGGUUCAAGGUAAGACUAACUUUUAAUAGCUGUCACGUUCAUGCUUACAUUAGCCAACAGAUGCUAUCGCUAAAUCUGAAAUAAACUAAAAUACUGACAUUUGCAGAAACCGCUUCAUGAUGAAAAGUGACUCAAAAAAACAGCGGGAGUUCUUUGAAAGAAGAAAAAUGCAGCAGAAACUGAAAAAUCUGGGAAUCCCUCUGCCAGGAUCUUCUCAGGUUACCAAUUCUGGUAGCAUGGAUCUGGUGACGUUGUUCAUCGUCAACCAGAUUGCUGCUAAGAAAGAAAACAAAGAUGAACCAAAAGUAGCAGUUUUUGGAAGCAGUAAGGCAGGAUCCAAGCAUAAGAGAAAUGAACCGCUUGUGCUCCCGAUGAGCCCCUGUGCUCCAUCACAGCUGAGUCUGGUGGAGAGCGAGCCUCAGUGCAGUCAAGGCACAAGAAAGAGAAAGCAUGUUAUUCCACAGGUGUUUAAAUGCAAACAGCUUUCACCAGUGCUGGAAUCAGGCUUCUCUGACAACAGUGCGUCUGACUACCUGCCGCCCAUCACCGGCCCACAUAGUCCAUUCUCCUCGACUUCAUCAGCCUCUUCAUGCCCAGGAAUAUUCCCCCUGCAACUGAAUCCCCAGGAGAGAAGUCAACCACAGACAGAGCUGCAUCCUCAUUGUUCCCCUUCACUCUGGGACGUCUCAGGACCGGAGCAGAUCAAGUUUCAGCCUUUCUUGCAGCCCACACUUAUGAAGGAGCCAUGGUCCUGUGGAUCAAAGCCUCUUCUUUACCAAAUCGAGACACCUGCGGCAGUCCAAGGCCUGUUUGGAAGUCCACAGCCAAGUAACCCAGAGGUCGGGAACCACGACAGACAGGGAGUCACGUUCGCUGUCAGCCAGACAGACGACAAGGAAUCGGUGCUGGGUUUUACUCUUAGCCAGUCGGAAGCCGUCGAACAAUUUGGAAAUGAAUUUUUCCAGGGAUUCAGCAGAGAAGCUUCUGAUUUUGGGAGAGCAAAAUUAAAGAUAUAUCUUAAAGAUGACACAUCAAACAGACCCAGAUCACAAGCUGUUGAUUCUCAGUGCCGGGAGGUGGAGUUUUCCAGCUGCACUGACACAAGCUUUUCGCACCCUCGACACAUUCACACGGAUUGUUGUGAAUACUCACCAGGUUACCACAGUUCACACUCUGAUGAUGAUGAUGAAUGCUGCCAGACGUGUCUCCACGCUGCUUCUUCAGAUGUGGACCACGUUUGCUGUGCAGAUACCCUGAACAAAAACCUGGGCUCAGAGUGGAAUCCAACACCGCUGACCCCACACACGAAACCCAAAGUGAACUCCACUGAUGAUUGUGAAAAACAGUCUACGGAGAAUGUUGACUGUCAUGAUCAAUCUGGUGGAAACGAUGAGAAACAAGCAAGAAGCAGAACUCAUACUCCGAGCACAGAGCUCUGCAAAUGCAAGAAAACAUCCUGUGAAACUCAAGAUGCAGACACUCAAACAGUCGACUCUCCAACUGCUGAGACAUGCGACGCUGCGACACAGUGCUGCUUUGUGUCAGACAGUGUCACAAAACCUUCUGUGUUCAAUUUCUGCCAACAAACCAGUGAUGUGUCAGUGCCGCGUCUGGCCACAGGGAGGCAGAGUGAUUGCACCGAUGCUGCUGCACAGCCACACAAAACUCCAUCAGACAGCUCCACCAGUGCAGGAAAGCACAAGCUGUGGAGCAGGAACACAUACAGGGCUGGAUCUCUGUCAGGCGGCAGCAUCUUAAACCAACUCGCUGCUAACAACCGUGAGCGCAGAGCGAUACUGCAAGCACCAAUCAACCCAUUUCAACACAAUCUCAAGAGCAACACUCGAGGCAAGAAGGAUGGAGAGGGCAGAGAUAAGGAAAAUGGCCCUCAGAUGAAAGAGAAUUUGGAUGACGUGAUGGAGGAGACCAGCAGAGUGAACCGACACUCAGAAGAUCCAGAAACACUACAGGAAAUAGCUGAUAUUUUACUCCUGCUGAGGCAGAAAAAGGAGGAAUGAAAGUAGCAGGAGGAUGCCUCCAGAGCUACCCCGUGACAGAUGGACUGCCAGCUCCGUGAAAGGUCAGAAACCUGUUGUUGGACCACACUGACAGGAGAUAUGGAGGAGGGUUGAAGAAAAAGAACACCUCAGGGUAUCAAUCAGUUUCUACUCUUGACACUGAAUAGGCUGGUUAUACAAUUCAUUAAAUGCUCAAAUGUUGAACUACAUAUAAAUGACAA